GACGGUGGUGGUGAUGGUAGCAGUAUGGUAGUCGUGGUGGUGAUGGUGGCGGUGGUGGUGAUGGUGGUGACGGUGGUGACGGUGGUGACGGUGGUGGUGAUGGUGGCAGUAGCGAUGACCGUAUCGGCACUCGCAGCUAACGGCACGGCCGCGCUCGUGCCGGCCGGGGAGGCAGUGGAGACGGACAUCGAUGCCGAGGACGGCCCCUCGCCCGCGGGGCUCGCCGAGCCGGCACGGCGGCCGGGGCUCACCGACCUGGACACGACGGAGCCGCACGCACAGACGCCGGCACAGGGCCUCCCACCGGCCUCUCCCCAAGCGGCGUCUCCUCCGCACCUGGGCAUGGGCUCUUCUCCCAGCAUGCCCCUCUCCACGCACCACCAGAUCCAGCUGCUGCAGCAGCAGCUGCUGCAGCAACAGCAGCAGACGCAGGUGGCCGUGGCGCAGGUGCAGCUGCUCAAGGACCAGCUGAGUGCCGAGUGCGCGGCGCGCAUGGAGGCACAGGCCCGCACGCACCAGCUGCUGCUGCAGAACCGCGACCUUCUGGGUCACGUGAGCGCCCUCGUCAAAGAGAUCCAGGGCCUGGAGAUCAGCCUGGCCCAGCACACCGGCAGUGCCAGCCGGCUGAGUGUGACCGACGUGUCGUGGGCCACAGCGGUGAGCUCGCCGCCCCAGCCGGCCUUGCUACUGUGCGGGCCGUGCACGCCGCGGCCGGCCGACGUCGGCCUCUCCCCCGUCGUCGCCGGCGGCCGGGACGCCGUCGGCGGCGGCGACGACGACGGCUUCGGCCUCCGCCUCGCAGUCGAUCAGAGCCUCUUUGAGAACGCCAGUUUCUCAGCGUCCCCGAUGCCCAAGGGUAGGCACGUCACGGUUAGCACCCCUGUCGUCGGGGUGUCGGCGGCGGCCGGGGUGGGGCCGGGGGUGGCGGCACCGGGGCCCCCCCCCGUUCCCCGGGAGGAAGAGCGGGGCCCCCCCACCCCGGGGAGCGGGGGGCGCGCCACCUGGACGGCGCUGGGAGCCGCCGAGCGUUGGCCGAGCGACGCGUGGGACGCGGCGGCGGAGCAGCGGGACGCGGGGGCGGCGCGUGGAGCACCGCCCCGGCGAUGGCGAUGGCGGCGGCUCCUCACCUGGCGCGCAGGGCCGCCUCCGACACCUUCCCCCGGUUGGAGCCGCCGCCACCGUCCGCCCGCUCGCAAGCGCGUCCCUCGCGCCCUCAAGACGACGCACGACAUGAUGGAGGAGCCGACGCAGCGCUCCUUCGGGAAUUCCUUCUGGGAUUACUCGGGCAGUCCGGACCGCGACUCGGCGGGAUCGGGCGAGCCGGCACUCGCGAACGGCGCGAGCCGGGGGGAGCACGCCGGGGAUGAGACGGCGCAGUCCAAGCAGCAGCAGCAACAGCAGAGCGCCGACAAGGAGUUGGUUCCGAAGUCGAUCCGGAAGGAGCUGGACGCGCUCGGCGUUCCGGAGUCGGAGUCCCGGAUUUCCGGGCGGGAUCCGCUCGAGGAAGGGUCGGAGGAUUCCGGCAUCGUCCGGCAGAGAGACUCCGGCGCCUCGGAGGGCGAGCGCGCCGAGGCCCUCGGCCUCGACUGA